AUGAAAUCGACCGUGGCUCUCCUCCCUUUUGUCUGUCUGCUGGUUGUUAAUGUUGAAGGGGCGGCUAGACCUCUGACAAGCAGGUGCAAGUGUCAGGAUGUUGGUGUGGAACGUGUACACCCAGCUCGUGUCCAGAAGAUAGAACUAUUACCCCCCAGCUCCUCCUGUAGCAAACUGGAGAUUAUUGUCCAUCUGAAAAAUGGUGCAGGAAGGAGAUGCUUGAACCCAGAAUCCCAUUUUGCCAAGGUUUACAUCCAGAGGGCGAUUCAGAAGAAGGUUGCAGAGGAGGGUGCCAUGAACAGUCCAGACUCACGGAAGAUUCAGCCCACUGUUACAAGUCAAAAUAAAAUAAUGAGUACUGUCUUCUUCACACGCAAGCCAACUGUCAGUCAACCAUCUCAGUAA